UCAGGCAUCGGAUCAUGGAACACCUGAAAGUCUUAGUUCAGUAACAACAAUGACCAUAAGGGUUAAAGAUGCUGAUGAUCAAAAUCCAAUAUUUACAAAAGAUAUUUAUCGUGCAAGUGUUUCCGAAACAACUAAAUUAACGGGAUUACGAAUACGUGAAAAAGUAGCCGUUGAUCCACCGAUACAUGCAUUUGAUCUUGACAGUGGGAUCAAUGCUCGACUACGUUAUUCAAUCGUUCUUGGAAAUGAAGGUGGAUUUUUUGAAAUGCACGAUCAAACAGGUGAAUUAUUUCUUGUUCGUGAGAUUGAUUUGGAAUCAUUGUCCAGUUCUAUGUUAACAUUACAGAUACAGGCAUCACAAGUUGAUAAUCCAUUACGUCAGGCAACAUCAAGAGUCGAUGUUUUUAUAAUCGAUGUGAACGAUAAUUCACCAAUAUUUGAAAAUAUUAUCUAUAAUGUAACGGUUAUGGAAAAUUUACCUACCGGUUUUACAAUUGUACAAGUAUCAGCAUUUGAUGCUGAUAAAGGUGAAAAUGCUGAAUUUCGUUAUGUCCUUAAAGAUCCAAUACAAGCAUUUCAAAUUGAUCCAUAUACCGGUUGGAUUAGUGUAAAAGAUCCAAAUAAAUUGGAUCGUGAAUUAAAUGAUAAAAUCAUACUGAAAGUAAUGGCUAUUGAAAAAAAACCAAAUGUCGAUCCUGAUUAUAAAGAACCAAAUAGCUGUGUAGUGGAAAUAACAUUAUUAGAUUCAAAUGAUAAUAAUCCACAAUUUUUUCCAUCAAAUGUUUAUACAUUUUCAGUGUUGGAAACAGCAUCACCUGGCACGUUAAUCGGUUCAAUUUAUGCAAGUGAUCGUGAUAUUAAUGAAAAUGGUCGUAUUAUUUACUAUAAACAAAAUGAUUCAUUAAGUCAAAAUAGUCCGUUUGAUGUUUAUCCACAAAAUGGUUCCAUUUAUGUAACGGAUAGAUUUUCAUCGAUGAACAGUAAAUCACCAACACCGAUUGGACAAUUUACAUUUUUUGUUGUUGCAUCCGAUAUGGCUAAAAUGAUACAUGAACGAAGAACGGCUGUUGCUAUCAUCAGGGUUAAUAUAACCGAUAUUAAUAAUAGUGUACCGGAAUUUAUUGGUGCACCAUUCGAAGCAUAUGUUGGUGAAUCAUUGCCGGAAGGUGCUUAUGUUACACAGAUUAUUGCACAAGAUGCUGACCAAGUGGAUACAAUGCUAGAAUAUUCUAUUGUUGCCGGGAAUGAUGAAAAACAAUUUAUUAUUGAUUCAAAAACUGGUAAAAUUUAUACAUCAGCUGUUUUGGAUUAUGAAACAAAACAAUCAUUUGAUUUAUUAGUACAAGUAUCGGAUGGUAUUAAUACGGCUGUUGCACCAUUAUUAGUAAAUUUGGUUGAUAUUAAUGAUAAUUCACCACAAUUUACACAUGAUUUGUAUAAUUUUACUGUUGUUGAAGAAUUAGGUUCAAAUGUAACCGUUGGUACUGUUAUGGCUAUUGAUCGUGAUUCUGGUAAAAAUUCUGAAAUUCAUUAUUCGAUUAUUGGUGAUCAUGCAAAUGAAUUGUUUUUUAUUGAACAAAAAAAUGGUAUGAUACGAACACGAACGAAAUUAGAUCGUGAAACAGAAUCAAGAAUAGAAUUUCUUGUUAUUGCAUAUGAUGGUGGUACACCACAACUUAGUGGUAGUACAAAAAUCAUUGUUCAAAUUGAAGAUAUUAAUGAUAAUGCACCUUAUUUUGAACAAAAUCAAUAUGAAAUUGAAGUUGCAGAAGAAAUUGAUCCACCUGUUGAAAUAUUUCGUAUACAAGCAUUAGAUCGGGAUACUGGUGAUAAUGCUGUUGUAAAAUAUCUGAUUCUUGCUGGUAAUGAAGAUAAUAUUUUCAAUAUAAAUACGGAUAAUGGUUUAAUAACAACAUCGGAUCGUUUGAAUUUUGAACGUAAACAACAAUAUAAAUUAUUUAUUGCUGCACGUAAUCUUCGACCAUUUCAAGGACCAAAUUCAGCUGAUAUUGUUAAUCCUUCAGUAGAAGUAUUAAUCAAUGUUAAAGAUAUUAAUGAUGAAAUUGUUGAAUUUGAUCAACAAUUAUAUCAUUAUAAAAUACCGGAAAAUUUACCACGUGGAAAAUUAAUUGGUUCCGUUUCGGCUACGAAUCCAAAACGUUCAACAGAUGAAUUGGAUAUUGUUUAUUGGAUUGAAUUUCCUGAACAACGAAAUGAUAAUAAUGGUGGUGGUGGUGGUGAAAAUCAGGAAAAUCCUAACGGGAUUAAUGGCCUAUCAAAAUUUAAUAUCAAUUCAAAAACUGGUGAAAUUAUUGUUAUCGAUUCGAUUGAUUUUGAUCCACCGGCAAAUGAAAAAAUAUUUGAAUUUAAAAUCAAUGCCCGUGAUAUGUCAUCAAUAAAUCUAUUUAAUUCAUCCGUACCGGUUAUUAUUGAAAUUACCGAUGUGAAUGAUAAUUCACCAAAAUUUAAUGAAGAUCGUUAUGGUUUAGAAUUACCGGAAAGUUUACCACCCGGUACAUCAUUACCACCAUUUUAUCAAUUAACCGAUAAUGAUUCUGGUCGUAAUGGAAAAAUAUCCUAUUAUAAAAUUGAAGGAAAUGAAUUGGAUGUAUCAUAUUUUUUUAUUAAUCAUACAACCGGUAUGAUAAUAUUGAAUAAACCACUGGAUUAUGAACAAAGAAAUCAAUUAGAAUUUGAUCUAAUUGUUGCGGAUGGUGGUGAUGAACCACGUUGGAGUUCGGCAAAAGUUAAUAUUUAUGUAGCAAAUAUUAAUGAAUUUUCACCAAAAUUUAUUGGUUUACCAUAUGAAUUUCAUGUUCAGGAAAAAGCAGUUGAAGGAACAAAUGUAGGACAGGUGAAAGCAAUCGAUGAUGAUGGAAAUAAUGUUUAUUAUUCAAUACAUGAUGAAGAUUAUCAAUAUUUUUCAAUUGAAUCAGAUUCAGGUCGUAUUUAUGUACGAAAACCAUUGGAUGGUAAAACACAAUAUCAAUUUAUUGUACGUGCAACUGAUGAUGGUUUACCACAGAAUUUUAGUCUUGGUGUACAGAUUGUGGUACGGGUACAAGAAAGUAAUGAUUAUCCACCAGUGUUUACAUCGAAUAAUUAUUUUGGUUCUGUAUUUGAAUUCAAUACCAUCAAUGAUGAUAAUGGUGAUGAACAAAAGGUAAAACAAAAUCGUCAAGAAACCAAACCAAUCAUACAAGUGAAAGCAAUGGAUAAAGAUUUACAAAAUAAUACAAUUACAUAUUCAAUUGUUGGUGGUAAUGAUCAAAAUCUAUUUCGUAUUGAUGAACAAAAUGGUCAAAUUAGUAUUAAUCAAGGAAAAUGGUCAUUAAUUGAUUAUGAUAAACAAAAACAAUAUUCAUUAUUAGUACAGGCAAAAGAUUCACAUCAAACACCAUUAGUUGGUUUAACUAUUGUUACAAUUGAUGUUAAAGAUAUAAGUAAGUAUAAUCAUCCACCAAUUUUUAAUAAACCAUCAUAUACGGUAACAAUUAAUGAAAAUAAACCGGCUGGUUAUUGUUUUUUAAAAAUUGAAGCCAAUUCAGGUGAUUCAGUGGAUAAUGUUAGCUAUUUUUUAAGCAAUGGUAAUCGUGAUAGUCAAUCAUUUCAAAUAAAUAAAUCAACAGGUGAUCUUUGUACACGAAAACUGUUGGAUCGUGAACAACAAGAUCGUUAUGAAUUUUUUGUUAUUGCAAAUGAUGGAAAAUUUGAAACAACAGUACCGAUAUCGAUUGAAGUAUUGGAUGAAAAUGAUAAUCAACCAUUAUUUGAACAACAGAAAUAUGUUGUAUCGAUACCAUAUGAUUCACACCCCGGUCAAACUGUUAUACAAGUUCAUGCAAAUGAUCCUGAUAUGGCUAAUAACGGAGAAGUUACUUAUUGGAUAAAAAAUACACAUGGAAUGUUUGAAAUUGAUUCAAAAACUGGCCUAGUGCGUUUGGUUUCAAAUUUCCCGAAUAAUAAACAAAAUUUUACAUUUGAAAUGGAAGUUUUUGCACAAGAUCAUGGUAUAACACCAAAUAUUGGUAAAGCAAUUUUGGUUGUAAGAUCAUCAAACACUCAUAAUCAUCCACCAAAAUUUGAAAAAUUUUUCUAUUCAGUUGAAGUUGAAGAGAAUUUAUCCGGUAUUGCCAUUGUUACUGUAAAAGCACAAGAUCCUGAUCAAGGUAAAGCUGGUAAAAUUAAUUAUCGUAUUGUAAAAUCAACAAAUCCUUCAGCAUUUCGUAUUGAUAGAGAAUCGGGACAAAUAAUGUUAAUAUCACCAUUAGAUUAUGAACAGGCAAGAUAUCAUGAAAUAAAUAUUGAAGCACGGGAUGAAGCAAAAGAUUCACAAUUUAUAAUGACUGUUGUACAGAUUAAAGUUAUUGAUCAAAAUGAUCAUAAACCAGAAAUACUUUCAAUACCAAAAGUUAUACGAAUACCACAAUCAGUAUCACCAAAUGAAGAAAUCAUUUACACUGUACAGGCAAUCGAUUUGGAUAGUGAUGAACAAGGUAAUAAUGUAUUGCAUUUUUCAAUUGAACCACCAAAUCCAUUAUUUCAAAUUAAUCCACAUAAUGGACAAAUAUUUGCCCGGCAAAAAUUAAUGCCACAUCAUGAUUUAUUUAAAAUUAUUGUACGUGAUCAAGCAAGAAAAAAUCCAUUAUCCAGUUCAAUUGAUUUACAAAUUGAAGUUUAUAAUGAUCAUGUUGAAGAAACAAUGCCAUUAUUCACUUCAACACAAUAUUCAAUACAAUUGGAAAAUAUUGUUGAACCAGGCCGUACGGUACUGGUGCCAAAAGCAAAAAUACCAAGCGGUGGUCAGAUUUGGUAUAAUAUAUCAUCAUCAUCAUCAAAUUUGAUUAAAAAAUUUACAAUCGAUCAUGAUACCGGUAGAAUUUUCUCUACACAACGUAUUGAAUAUAUAAAUCCACGUGAAAGUACAUAUCAUUUUAUUGUUUUGGCACAUAAUAAACUGGAUAUGAAACGAUAUUCCGAAGCAAGUGUUGUUAUUCGUUUAUCCGAAAUGAAUACAAAAUGUCCAAAAUUUCCAUUCAGUGAAUAUUAUGCAUCGAUUGAAGAAAAUUCACCAGUCGAUAUGAUUGUUAUCAAUGAUUUAAUGUUGAUUGAUAUGAAUAAAUAUUCCGGGCAGAAUAUUCUAUAUCAAAUUACUGAAGAUAAUUCCAAUGAUAAUUUCUAUAUUGAUACGGUUGGUACAGGUGGAAAUAGUGGUGAAAAUAAUGAUAUACCAAGAAAUGUAACAUUGAAAAUAAAACGAUCAAUCGAUCGUGAUCGUAUGGCAAAAUUUUUACAAGGAAUUUAUACAUUAUCAAUAUCAGCAUCGAAUGCAAAAUGUACGGCCAACAUACGGGUUAAAAUCCUGAUCGAAGAUGUUAAUGAUAAUAGUCCAAUAUUUUCACAAUCAGAAUAUUUGGUUGAAUUAAAAGAAAAUACCCCAGUUGGUCAUGUAAUAACAACAUUAAAUGCAAAAGAUAAUGAUGAAAGUGAUGAUGGUAAACUUAAAUAUUUUAUUGUUGCCGGUAAUAAUGAUCGAUUGUUUCAUAUGGAAACAAAAACUGGUGUUAUUUCGGUAAAUGAAUCACCUGAUAGAGAAAAAUCACCUGCACAUGUUUUGAAAAUUGUUGCUAUCGAUUCAGCUAAUAAUACUGGUUGGACAAGUGUUCAUAUAAUUAUCCUGGAUGAAAAUGAUUGGACACCAACAUUUUUAAAUGAAACAUUCAUGUUAAAUGUUACUGAAGGUCCAACAAGUAUUGGUACACGUUUACGUUUACCUGUUGUUGAUUAUGAUGAUGGUAUUAAUCGUCAAAUGGAAGUUUAUAUUGUUGAUGGAAAUUCAAAUGGUGAAUUUCGUUUGGAUGUUGAUGAAGGUGGACCAUUGUUGACUGUAGUUUCUGAAUUAGAUCGUGAAAAAUAUAAUGUACCUGAAGCUGCAUUACAUCUGGUAUUUAUUGCUGCAAAAGAUAAAGGUCAACCACCUAGAAUUGGUAAAACAAUGGUUGCCGUUAUCAUACAGGAUAUUAAUGAUUCACCACCAAAAUUUGAAAAAGAAGUUUAUUAUCAUUUUAUAUCAGAAGAUUCAGCUGUUGGAAUGAUUCUAACAGAAUUGCAUGCAACCGAUGCUGAUUCUGCUGCACAAACAAAUUUGGUUUAUUCAUUUUCAAAAAAUACCGGUUCAGUUCCGUUUGCAAUCAAUCCCGUGAAUGGUAUUGUAAAUGUAUCCAGGCAAUUGGAUGUAAGUGAAAGUCAACAAUAUUCCAUUACGGUUGAAGUUUUUGAUGGAAUAUGGAAAUCAUCUACACUGUUGAAUAUUAUUGUUAAUGAAGCUGAAGAACGUGAUCCAAGAUUUGAACAAGCUUAUUAUCGUUUUGAAAUACGAGAAAAUUUGAAAAAUUAUUUUGUCGGUAAAGUUGAUUUGAAACCUAGGAAACAUCGUGUUAAAUCUUCGAUACGUUAUACGAUUAUAAAUUCUGAAAUGCGAUCAAUAUUUAAUAUAACAUCGGAUGGUGAAAUUUAUACCCGUAUCGGAUUGGAUCGUGAAAAACGUAAUAAAUAUGUUUUCACUGUUAAGAUUGAAGAAAAACACCCUACAACUAAAGUUAGUGUUAGUGAAGUAAUUAUUGAUGUUUUGGAUGAAAAUGAUCAGGUGCCAACAUUUCCACAUUCAUAUACCGGUACGAUUAAAGAAAAUUCAAAACCAGGUACAACUGUAAAUAUUGUACCAAUAAUUAAAGCAAUCGAUAAUGAUAUUGGUAAUAAUUCAAUGAUUGAAUAUUCAUUAUCGGGUGAUGGCGCUGAAAUGUUUAGCAUUAUGAAUUCAGGUUCAGUUAUCUUCACCCCGUUAGAUUCAAAACAAAUAUUAGAUCGUGAAAUACGUUCAUCAUAUAAAUUUAAAGUUAUUGCACAAGAUAUGGGUGGACUAAGUUCGGCAACCGAUCUUCUCAUUCAAGUUGAAGAUGAAAAUGAUAAUGCACCACAAUUUCAACAUGGACCAUUGUUUGUACUGUUGCCGGAAAUUGCCAAACCCGGUUCAAAAGUUGUUGAAGUUCGUGCUACGGAUAUUGAUGAGGGGCAAAAUUCCCGUAUACAAUAUUAUAUAACUGGUGGUGGCAAUGGUGAUAUCCGUAUUGAUCGUAUAACCGGUGAGAUUUUUGUCGUUGGUUCACUGAAACCGGGUACCAUUUAUUUUAUGAAUGUAUCGGCUGUUGAUGGUGGUGGUUUAUCGGCACGUACCACUGUUAAUGUUACCAUUAUUGAUGUUAAUAAUCAUAAACCAACAUUUGAUCAUUCAUCAUAUACAUUUAAUAUUGUUGAAAAUAAUUAUACAAAUGAUAAAAUGAAAUUAGGUGUUUUAAGGGCUAGAGAUGAAGAUAUUGGCCGAAAUGGUUUAGUUGAAUAUUUGAUAUCAUCAAAUGUUGCAUCAGAUUUUCCAUUUUCAAUCGAUGUACAUACGGGUGAAUUAUUUGCACAAGGUUUUAUUGAUCGUGAACAAAAAGAAAUCUAUACAUUUGAAGUAACGGCAUUGGAUUAUGGUGAGCCUCCAAGCAAUUCAACUGUUGAAGUUAAAAUUACUAUUCUGGAUAAAAAUGAUGAAAAACCACGUUUCUAUACGGAUCCAUAUCUGGCACAUGUACCGGAAAAUUUAGACCCUGGUCAUAAAGUUACACAGAUUGCUGCAUUUGAUCCGGAUUUAGGUGAAAAUGGACAAGUUUUCUAUAAAUUAGGUGCCGGUCAUGAUAAUAAAUUCUAUAUCGAUGGAAAAGAUGGAACUGUUUGGACAUUAUCAACAUUAGAUUUUGAAGAGAAAAAUUUCUACAAUAUAACUGUUAUUGCAUAUGAUAAAGGUACACCAAGUUUAUCAUCAACAGCAAAACUAUGGGUUACUGUUGCGGAUACACCGGAUUCAGUACCAGAUUUUUCUAAAGCAGUUUAUACUGUUGAAGUUGCUGAAAAUGCUAAACCAGGUGAUAUUGUUUAUAAAUUAGAUGCCGGUGAUGGUCCAUUUAAAUAUUAUCUACUUAAUUCCGAUGAGAUCGAUACAUUUUCUGUAGAUAAAAAUAGUGGUAAAAUUAAACUAGUCAAACCAUUGGAUAGUAAUUAUCGUAAUCAUUAUCGAUUGAUUGUUAAAUCAGAAGAUAGUGAUGGUGAACCACCUAAAUCUGAUACGGCUGAAGUCAAUAUAAUUGUUGGUACUGGACAAGGUGUACGAUUAUUUCCACAACGUCUUUAUGAAGUACAAGUUAAAGAAAAUCAAUUGACACCAAUAUUAUUGAUUGAUCUAAAUUCAACGGAUGAAAUUGCUAGAAAAUCACCACACUAUCGUAUUGUUGGAUCUGAUUAUCGAGGAACAUUCAAAAUAGAGCAUGAAAAUGGCCGACUUUUAUUGAUGAAAAGUUUAGAUCGUGAAAAAAAAGAUGUAUAUCAUUUGAAAAUAAAAGCAGAAAAUGUCAUACAUCAUCGUCGUGUUGGUCGUGAUAUUUCUACUACUAUUAUUGAUCAAAAUCAACAACAACAACAUCAUUAUCAUCAUCAAGCAUUAUAUCAACAUUUGACAACAACUGAAAAUCAAAAUAAUCAUCUUGCUUAUGAUGAAGCAUUAGUUGUUAUACAUGUUAUGGAUGAAAAUGAUAAUUCACCUAUAUUUGAUAAUAAUGAUCGUCCAAUUGUUGCUGCAAUACCACUUGAAGCAUCAUUUGGUUUUAAAGUAGUAAAAGUUAAUGCAAAAGAUGCUGAUGUUGGUAUUAAUUCAGCCAUUCGUUAUGAAUUAUUAUCACGUGGUGAUGAUUCACAUACAAAAUUUUAUAUUGAUCCAUUAAAUGGUGAUAUUCGUUCAAUGGUUACAUUUAAUCUGGAUGGUGGUAAAAUGUAUGGUUUUGAUGUUAAAGCAACCGAUUGUGAAGGUAGUGAAAAUGGUAAUUCAGCAACAACAACUGUUUUUAUUCAUGUUUUACCUGAAACCAAAAUGAUAUUAUUUGUUGCCGAUCGAGAACCGAUAAUGAUUGAGAAAAAAUACCCGGAUAUUAUUGAAUAUCUAAGUAAUACAACUGAUUUUGAUGUAAAAUUAGCAAAAUUAGGUCCACAUUUGGAAGGUGAUAUACAGGAAACACAUUCAACCGAUGUUUUUCUUUAUGCAGUUAAUAAAAAUAAUAAUGAAAUUGUCGAUACGGAAACAUUGCUUGAUGUUUUUCGUAAAAAUUCUCAACAAAUUGUUGAAAAUUUACGUUCAUUUCGUAUACGAAGGAUACAGGGUGUUACUGUACAGGAAAAAAUCAGUCAAAUGGGUGCUACCGAAAUUGCAAUCAUUGCAUUAUCAUCGGUUAUUUUCUUGGGUACAGUUUUGGCUAUUGCUUUACUUUGUUCAUCUUGUAAAGAAAGAAAAAUUCGUCAACGACAAACAACAUGGGAACAACAAAAUCUUUAUAAUAUUAAAAAUCCAUUAAUGGCUGGUCCAAAAUCCAUAUAUGGUAGUCGUGGUAUACCUGUUGGUAAUAUUUCCAAUUAUUCUUGUGAAGGUUUUGGAAACGGUGAUUAUAUGGAAAGUAUGAAUUCGUUCAAACGUAAUGGUAGUAUAUUGGAUGGUCGUUCAGCACAUACAGAAAUAUCGGCAAAAAGUAGACAAAUAUCACCACCGGAUGGUGCAUCAGCAUUAAUGAAUCCACCACAUAGUCCACCAUAUUCGGAAAGAUAUUCAUCGGCUGCAGCGGCUGUUGUAGCGGCUGCUGCUGCUGCUAAUGCCAAAGCUCAUGAUCCUAAUAAUGAUUGGUCCGGAUAUUCACGUGGAUCAGGUCGAUCAAGAAAUUCAUUUAGCGGUACAAGUUGGUCAUCAAGAAAAUCAAAAAAUUCUGAUCGUCAUUAACGAUCGAUGAUCGAUUGAUUAAUCUUUCAUGCUGCUCAACAACCAGACCCCAUUUUCUUAAAAUUAUUUAUU